CUUGAGGCAGGAGCCAUAACGGUGUACUGCGCAUGCCCGUGAGUCUGACCACCUGUUGGGACUUCUUAUAAUCAAGUAAUUGGUCGUAUUACAGAAGAAUAAACCUCAAAGUUUCCCUCGACUUAUCGGGCGACGAAGUGAACGUCAAACGCGUCUUUCUGUGCUCUGUUUGCAGGAUGAAUCCAGCGUGCAGCUCGGACGAUGCGAGCAUGCCAGCUCAUGACAUGGCUACUGCAGCAGCAGCAGCGGCAGGAGGAGGAGGCAGAGGAGGUUUGUACCCAGAGUGUUACGAGGUGUCUUUCCCCAUCGAGGAGGGCAUGGAGAGGCUCACCUCCUACCACCACGGCCAACAGAUGCCGGACGAACCCAGCAUGCAGGAGGCGCCCCCGUCUCAGUACAGCCCCUUCAUCCUGGUGUCCAACCUGCGGGCUCACCUCUACGUGGCGCUGGAGAAGAACGCCUGGCUGCAGAGGCGCAUCGAGGAGCUAGAGGAAGAGCGCAACUUCCUGCGCUGCCAACUGGACCGUCUCAUCGUCGGCAUGCGGGGGCUGGAGGAGUGGUGUGGCGGCGCCCCACGUGGUGUGAAGGUGCAGCCUGCCAGCCCCACUAGGCCCCCCUCACCUAUGACCACCCGCUCCGGAAUGACCCUGAAGCGCCUGCAAGGACCCGGACAGCGGCCACACCAUGGAACUGCCAUCCCUGUCAAGCAAGAGUUUCACCUGGAGGAGGAAAACUUCUACACGGACGAGGAGUACUUCGAGGAGCAGGAGGAGGAGCAGGAAGAGGUUGACGAAGAGGAGGACACUUUGCUGGAGGCCAGCAUCAAGAAGAAGGGCCGAGGGCGAGCCGGCGAGCCCAGGAUGAAAAUGAGGAGGAUCUUUCGCAUCACCCACGGCAGGGAGAGGCAGAGAGUCAAAGACCCGGACGGUGUUUUGAUCCGCUACAAGAAAAUCCUGGCCACCUACCAGCGUGUGAGAAGCAUGUCCCGAGCUUUCCAGAUCCACGGGGUGGACCGUAACACCAUGGCUUCCACGUCUCCAAUCGCCGAGCUCCUGCUGGUGGCGCCAGACAAGAUGGCCGAAGUGGGCGAGUUUGAGGCGGCCAAGGAGAAGCUUCUGGACUACGCCAGACGCUGCUACAAAAUCAUGGACGAGCAGACGCACGACAAAGUUCAGACCAUGAAGAAAAGUCACAAGCUGCUGCCUAUCUCCUACCGCUUCAGGAACUGAAGCGCCCCACAUCCAGCGUUGACCCUUUGGCCAGAAGAAAAAGGUGGACUUCGAUGGACUUCCGCGCGUUGCGUGAAGCUACUUUAUUUAUCCAUUUAUUUAUUUUUCUACUUUAUCCAACAUUUCUGGAGGCAAGUCCCAGUUAAAUGAUAAGAAGUGACCUCAGUUCUUUUGAGAUCCGUUUUAUUUAUGCCUUCGAGUUUACACGGCAUGUACAUUUAGAAGUCGGAUUGCCAAACAUGUUGCACGCUCUGUUUAAGUUGUUCUGGUCAUUGUCAUCAUGUUGGGCAAAUAAAAGUUGACAUUUUU